CAGGUAAAGCCGCUCGCGUUUCUCUCAUCUGUCCAGCAGGAGCGCUGUUAGUAUUCAGGUGGCGGUGCAGUAGUAAAGUGUCCAGCGUCCUAUGUGCACUACAGGAGGGAGCUUUCCUCCAUACUAUAGCAAGUGGCAACCUUACUGACACUGGUAACCUCCGGGGCUCGUGCCAGCAGCUUCCCCGCGCUGAGGAGCCAGCCCCGGGUGAGCAGGGGUCGGUAGAGGCCAGGGGAGUGGUGUGACACGGGAGGGGCGGGGAUUGGCUCGCUAGCUCCGCCCCUUCACCGAAGCUGGAGGUGAGCGGUGACAGAGCGGCAGCACAGAGCGCAUCUGAGGAGCUGUCAGCCCGGAGUGUCCGGGAUCCCACGGGAACUGUGCCCGCUGUCACCGCUCAACAAGUGGGGCUGUCCGUCCAAGUUGUGGCCGCACUCAUGUGCCCGGCGGCUGACAGGUGCUGCUGAAUGGGAAGCGGCGGUGCGGUGAGCAGCCACAGGUGACCCGGGACCCCGUCCCGUACAUGGACCGGCCCCAGCCGCUGGUCUGAGCCUCUUUCCAGUGCACCGGCGGAGUCCGGAGAGUUCGCCCACAACUUGCUGCGGGUCCAUGUGAGCGGGCACCGGGAGAGUGUCAGGAGACCGGAGCCCAGUACGACCAUGGCGAAAUGGCUGAACAAGUACUUCAGCCUGGGCAACAACAAUAACAACAAGACCAAGAGCCCCCCGCAGCCGCCCCGGCCGGACUACAAGCGCAACGGGGGCACCGAGCGCCCCUUCCACCUGCAGCCCCAGUCACAGCAGCCCUACCACCACCACACGUCUCCGCUGCCCGCCCGGGAGGACAGUGACCUCCUCAGAGCCUACCGGGCGCAAAAGGAACGAGACUUUGAGGACCCAUACAACGGCCCCGGCUCGUCCCUCCGCAAGCUGCGGGCCAUGUGCGGGGAGGAGCAGGCGGACGGCAGGAGGGGCAGGACGCCGGGCUGCAGCAGCAACAUUAGCCUCUUCACGGAGCCCUACCCCGGCUCCAGCACCAACACCACCUCGUCCUCCUCCUCCUCGUCCUCCUCCCCGCACCUGUACCGCAGCAACAGCGAGCGGAGGCCGGCCGCAGCCCGACACCAGCAGACCCAGCAGCUGACCGGGGGCACCGAGCUCAAGUACAUCGUCUCCCCCAAGCACCGGCUCAUUAAGAUAGAGAGCUGCGGCUGGGCCGACACCGGGGGCACGGCUGGCAUCUCCUGGAGCCCGGCAGUCACCGCAGGCAUGAACAAGGGCACGGAGGAGCACAGCACUGCCGCCAAGAAGGACAAGGUUGUAAUCGCUGAUGACUACUCUGAUCCCUUCGAUGCCAAGAAUGAACAGAAGAACAAAGGGGUAAUAACGGAGAACAACGGCUACAUGGAACCUUAUGAGGCUCAAAGACUGAUGACUGAUAUUCAGAAACAGGAAAGUCAAAAGCAGCCCCAGAAAAACAUUCAAUUGUAUGACACACCUUAUGAACCAGAGUGUAAUGGAGUGGAGUCCGAUUCCGAAAGCCUUGUUGGGCUGCAAGUGCGAGAAAGCAAGUUGCCUCAAGAUGAUGACCGGCCUGCUGAUGAGUAUGACCAGCCGUGGGAAUGGAACAAAGCAUUACCAGCUUUAGCAGCCCAGUUUAGUGGUGGAGAAAAAAUACAGUCAUCGCCCUCUCCUUCAAGCGACAGGCGCAGACAGCUCCGAGCCCCUGGAGGUGGCUUUAAACCUAUAAAACAUGGCAGCCCUGAACUCUGCGGUAUCCUGGGAGAAAGGGUGGACCCAAAUGUUGCACUGGAAAAACAAAUUUGGUACCAUGGAGCCAUCAGCCGGACAGAUGCUGAGAACUUACUGAGGUUGUGCAAAGAAUGCAGUUACCUGGUCAGAAACAGUCAGACAAGCAAGCAUGACUAUUCCCUGUCACUGAAGAGCAGCCAAGGAUUUAUGCACAUGAAACUGUCAAAAGCCAAAGAAAAAUAUGUAUUGGGUCAGAACAGUCCUCCUUUUGACAGCGUCCCUGAAGUCAUCCAUUUCUACACCACAAGGAAACUUCCAAUAAAAGGAGCCGAACAUUUAUCACUUCUUUACCCUGUGGCAGUGCGGACCCUUUAGAGUGCAGACAGACUGAACCACCCCUUCCUGUGGACAGGGGACUGAAGAGGCAUUGUUGCAAGUACAGCACAUCUGCACUACAAUUCAGCAGGGUACUGCAGGGGGGACAAUUCAAGUACUGACAUUGUGAAGCGUCAAUUGCGGGCACUCACAAAAUGUACAAUGUUGCACUACGGCUUUCAUAAAGGACAUUGCUUCUGUUUUGAGAAGGGCCAUGGGAAAACCGCCAGAUGCUUGUUGGUUUUCAAAGAUGAAAAAGGGCAUGUUUUGAUGCUAAAUGUUUGAUGCAAUGCUUAUCUGGGAGCAGAAGUACAAGUGAAAAAACAUAUGCUGCAAUACAAACAAGUAUAUGUGCUCAGAAAGAUCUGAGAAGUCUGUUUCUUACCUUCUUCAAAGCAUAAUACCGUUGGGUUAUUUUAGCUUAUAGUGCCUGUAAUGGAAUUCAGAAUUGGAGAAUUGACCUUAAUUUGUUCAAUGUGUAUUCUUUAUACCUCAUGGCAGUGAUGCUAUGGGUUGUUCAAGUAUAAAAUGCCAUCAGUUGUCAUCUUUCUGCUACACAAGCUACAAAAUAAUUCUGUUUCCAAAUGUAUCAACUGAUUAUAAGCAAAAGUUAAUAAUCACUAUCUAAUAUAAACAUAUAGCCACUCAUGCAUCAUUCUGAAAAGUGUAAAAUGGUACAAAGAGUUUGGAGACCUCACAUCCAAACUUUAGGCCUCAAAAACCUCAUCUCUACUAAUCCUUAACUUUGAAGGCUUCUUUCUCAAAUAAGCAAUGCAGAUUUUUAUAUUAGAGAAGGCUCUGUAAUGUGUCCAUGUGACUGCUGUGUGAGGCAUUAAAGGGGUACUCUGCCCCUAGACAUCUUAUCCCCUAUCC